CCGGCGAGUAAAAAGGACGCAGAGGGGCGUGGGGAGCUUGCGGCACAGCUAGGGCAUCCCGGCGAGGAGCGCCGCCAGGCCCCGGGCCACAGCCGGGCCUGGCGGGGGGACCAUGGGCGCCUCGGUCUCCAGGGGCCGGGCCGCCCGGGUCCCCGCGCCGGAGCCGGAACCCGAAGAGGCGCUGGACCUGAGCCAACUACCCCCGGAGCUGCUUCUGGUGGUGCUGAGCCACGUCCCCCCGCGCACGCUGCUCGGGCGCUGCCGCCAAGUGUGCCGGGGCUGGCGAGCCCUGGUGGACGGCCAGGCCCUGUGGCUGCUGAUCCUGGCCCGCGACCACGGCGCCACCGGCCGCGCGCUGCUGCACCUCGCCCGCAGCUGCCAGUCUCCCGCCCGUAACGCCAGGCCUUGCCCCCUGGGCCGCUUCUGCGCGCGCAGACCCAUCGGACGCAACCUUAUUCGCAACCCCUGCGGCCAAGAAGGCCUCCGAAAGUGGAUGGUGCAGCACGGUGGGGACGGCUGGGUGGUGGAGGAAAACAGGACAACCGUGCCUGGGGCCCCUUCUCAGACGUGCUUCGUGACUUCAUUCAGCUGGUGUUGCAAGAAGCAGGUCUUGGACCUAGAGGAGGAGGGUCUGUGGCCAGAACUGCUGGAUAGUGGCAGGAUUGAGAUUUGUGUCUCUGACUGGUGGGGAGCCCGACACGACAGCGGCUGUAUGUACAGACUCCUCGUCCAACUUCUAGAUGCCAACCAGACUGUUCUAGAUAAAUUCUCUGCUGUGCCUGAUCCCAUCCCGCAGUGGAACAACAAUGCCUGCCUUCACAGACACAGUUUCACUAUGUUGCCUGGGCUGGUCUUGAACUCCUGUGCUCAAGCAAUCCUCCCGCCUCAGCCUCCCAUAGUGCUGGGAUUACAGGCACAAGCCACUGCGUCCAGCCCAUGAGUGUUUUUGAGUGCACCAAUUCCAGCUCUAAGAUUGACGAGAAAUGGACAAGCUGAUCUCAAAAUUCACAUGGAAUUGCAAGAGGUUCCAAAUAGCCAAAACAAUCUUGAAAAAGAACAAAGUUGGAGGAUUCACACUUUCCAGUUUCAAAACGUACUACAAAGCUACAGUAAUCAGAACACUGUGGUCCUGGCAUAAGUAAUGUUGGACAAGUGAGCCCCAAAGUGAGACAUAGCCCCUGAGGUUCUUGGCUUUGCCCAGGAAAGAAUUCAAGGCCAAGCCAAUGGUAGAAGAAAACAGCUUUAUUGAAGGGGCAGUGUUAUAGCUCCGGCCCUGUUACAACUCUGAUUACUCCUGCACAGCAGGGCUCUGGCAGAGACUAGCAGCUCAGGGCAGUUUUGCAGUCAUUUAUAUCUACUUUAAACACAUGCAGAUUAAGGGGUGAUUUGUGCAAAAAUUUCUAGGGAAUGGGUAAUAACUUUUGGGUCAUCGAGUCAAUGCCAUGGAAGAGAGGGGGGAUAAUCCCCUGGUGUUGCGAUGGCAGCGGUAAACUGACAUGGCAACUGAUGAGCGUGUCUUACAGAAAGCUCAUUCCACCCCAGCCCUGUUUCAGCUAGUCCUCAAUUUGGUCCAGUGUCCGAGCCCUGCCUCUGGAGUCAAGUCCCACCUCCUACCUCAUAAGGAUAGACAUAAAUCAAUGGAAUAGAAUCGAGAGUCCAGAAAUAAACUCAUACCUCGAUGAUCAAUUGAUUUUCAACAACGGUGCCAAGACCAUUCAGUGGGGGAAAGAAUCAUAUUUUCAACAAAUGGUGCCUGAUAACGACAUCCAAAGGAGUGCAACUGGGCCCCUAUCUCACACCAUCUACAGAAAUUAAGUCAAAGUGCCUCAAACACUAAGAGCUAAGACUAUAACAUUCUUAGAAGAAUACAGGGAUACCUCUUUAUGAUCUUGAUUUGGUAAUUGAUUUUUAGAUAACACUAAAAGCACAAGCAACAAUAGGAAAAAAAAAGUAAAUUUAACCUCAUCAAAAUUUAAAAUUUUUAGGCUGGGUGCAGUGGCUCACACCUCUAAUCCCAGCACUUUGGGAGGCUGAGGCAGGAGGAUCACUUGAGCCCAGGAGUUCGAGACAAGUCUGGCCAACAUGGUGAAACCCCGCCUCUACUAAAAAUAUAAAAAUUAGCCAGGAGUGGUGGCGGCUGCCUAUAAUCCCAGCUACUCGGGAGGCUGAGGCCUGAGAAUCACUUGAACCCAGGGGACGCAGUUUGCAAUGAGCUGAGAUCACGACACUGCACUCCAGCCUGAGGGACAGAGUGAGACUCUGUCUCAAAAACAAACAAACAACAACAACAACAAAAAACCCCACAACUUUUGUGCAUCAGAGGACACAACCAAAUAAUGAAAAGACAACCCACAGACUGGGAGAGAAUGUUUUGCAAAUUAUAUAUCUGAUAAGGGUCUAGUAUCCAAAAAAUAUAAAGAACUCUUACAACUCAACAAUAAAAGAUAAGCAACUCAGUUUUCAAAUGGGCAAA